AUGGUGAAGAAGAUGGAAGCAAGAUUAUCAGCUGUGGAAGAACAGCUCACCUUACUACAAGUAGGAAUGGAAAAUAGGAUGGAUCAACGGUUUAGGGAGAUGCAACAAAUCACUGAGAGCAUGAUGAUAGCAAAGAUCGAAGCCUUGGGAGAAACUCUGGAGCAGAAAAUGAUCCGUCCGCUGGAAGUAUGGUCGAAGAAAUUGGAAAUACUCAAGGAAGGGGAAUCAGGAUCAUCGGAGAAAACAGUGAUGGACAGAGGGAAACAGCCGGCGAGGGAGGAUGUUGGCGAGAGAAGAGAAGUGUUGUUGUUCGACAUGAGGUUGCGAAAACUGGAAAUUCCGAUAUUCAAAGGGGAAAUAGGAGAAGAUCCGAUGGGUUGGUUUCACAGAGUAGAAAGGUAUUUCGUAGUUAAUCGUUUAUCGGAGAAGGAUAAAAUCGAAGCUGCGAUUCUGUGUUUGGAAGGUGAAGCAUUGGAAUGGCAUCAAUGGGAGGAAGAGAGAACACCGAUGAAUACCUGGGCAAAGUUUAAGGCGCAUCUCCUGCUGCGCUUCCUACCGAUCAAAGAAGAAGAUCGGAGAGCCCAGUUCCUUACUCUGAAGCAGGACGGCAGCGUUCGUGCAUACCGGCGGCGAUUCGAGCAGCUUUUGGGAUCGUUGAAGGACCUUUCAGACGAAAUAUUGGAAAGUAAGUUUGUUCGUGGGCUAAAGAAUGAUAUCCAAAUCGAGAUGAGAAUGUUUAAGUUAAUUGGGUUGAAGGAGAAGAUGAGGAUGGCUCAAAUCAUUGAAGACAUGGAGGAAGCCCGAAGGAAGAAAUGGGGCGGAGGCACCCCAAAUCCAUCGAAGUCUACGGGGGCGUCUUCGAACUCGGGGCUCAAUACAACCACGGGUCAACUCGGCCCCACCCCGAACCAAAACACACAGUCGAUCGCCCGAACAAUUUCUCUCAACCCAACCCACGCGGGAGGUACGCCUUCUAACUCAGUCACACUAAAAGACGUAAAUGGUAGAUCAUUCACGAUCGGUGCGUUCAAACGGCUGUCUGACAACAAAAUGCAGAAUCGAAGGGACAAGGGGCUAUGCUAUCAAUGUGAAGAAAAAUAUACGCCGGGGCACCGAUGCAAAAGAAAGGAAUUGAGUAUCCUGCUGUACCACAAUGAGGAAGAAGGAACAGAAAAAGCAGAAGAGUCAAGCAAAGUUGAAGCUCCAGCGACCACUACGCUGGAAUCGAUGGUGAUGAAGACUACCGAUCACGAGGCAGCAGAACUCUCUCUCAACUCGCUGGCGAGAAUUGACUCGCCCCGAACAAUUAAGGUCAGAGGAGCUAUCGGGGACAAGGAUGUGGUCGUUCUUAUCGACAGCGGAGCAUCCCACAAUUUCAUCGAUAAAGAGCUGGUGUCGUCCCUGAAAUUACCACAGAUGCCCACGACAAGCUACGGGAUCAUGUUGGGGAUAGGAACUUCAGUGAGGACGACGGGUGUCUGUAAAGGGGUAAUUCUUAAUCUCUCUAAUCUCACUAUUAUCAAUGACUUAUUCCCUUUACCUCUGGGCAACAUUGAUGUGGUGUUGGGAGUACAAUGGCUAAUGACUUUAGGACGGGUUGAAUGUGAUUGGGGAACGUCGGAGAUGGAGUUUCAAAUCGGAGAUUGGCAAGUGCACUUGAAAGGGAACCGCAAUCUGAUGAAAGCCCAAAUCUCGCUGAAAUCGAUGAUGAAACUGGUCAGAGAAGAGGGCCAAGGUAUAUUACUCGAGUUGAGUUCUCUUUUAACCACUGAGAGGGAAGAUGGAGGCCGACCAAAAAUCCAAGAAAUUCUAAGAAAGUACCACUCAGUCUUUCAAGCAGUAGAGAGGCUACCUCCAGUGUGA